AGUAACAUUUACCGAUAUAUAAAUGAAACUGCUAUUUUAAGCGAAUCAAUAAAAAUAAGUUGAGUCGUAAAAUUAAAACCAAAAUGUCAUCUUCUUCAGAGGAAUCAGAAGAAAUGCCAGUUAAGAAGUUAUAUAGUCGCGAUAACGAUGAUUUAUCGUCAUCAGAGCCACCAAUGGAAGAAUGGUCUUCUCUCAUGUCUAUAGUUCCAAUGAAGAGCCAUAAAAUGACAUUGUAUGAGCAGGGUUUAUUUAAACCGGGCAGCGAUGAAAUUUGCACUAAAUAUAUACCAUUGUCAGCGAGUUCCGUAAUCAGACACCCUUACUACGCAUAUCCGGGAAUAAAAGAUCCGGGUAUCAAGGAAGCGUUGUUGGACCCAGAACCAAGAAAAGUUUAUCCCCUGGAUGGGCAAGAACUUUAUUUAGAUUUGUGUGAAGAAAUGAAAGUAAUGCCAGUACGGAGCUUCGUACGAGGUCUGCUCGAAGAAACCAUUGAUUUGAGAUACUACGGGGUUAAUCCUGUCGGAGUGCGGGCUAUGAGCAUGGCGCUUAACUGCAACCAGUACGUACGACGGUUAGACUUGACAUCCAAUUUUUUAAGCGAAGACGCUUGUUAUCAUCUUGGCCAGAUGUUAAGAGAAAAUGUUGCGCUACAAGAGCUUGUGUUUUGUGAAUGCAGGCUUCAAGUAGAAAGUCUCCGUAAAUUGGUGGUGAACUUAUACUCGAGGUCUCUGGAGCUGUUAGAUUUAUCUCGGAACGACUUUGGGGACGAUGGCUUCAAACAUCUCGCCUAUCAGUUGUCUAGGGGGGCAAUUAUGAGAAAGUUAAAUCUCAGCUAUAAUGGCCUGACUUCGGCUUCAGCGUCACUUUUUGCAUCAGCGAUUGAAGGAAAUAACUGCAUAACUCAUUUGGAUCUUUCUUGGAACAAAAUGUCGCGUUGUUCUCAAGCAUUACUCAAACAACUAAGCUGUAGUAAAGUCUUGAUUGAACUCAACAUGUCCUGGAAUGCCGUAAAAAUAUCUAGAAUCUUAAGGAAGUUACUGACUGUACCUACGCUAAGAAUAUUGGAUCUCAGCAACAAUAGAAUCUCAAGGCAAGGAGUUACAGCCAUUGUAAAUAAUCUUCAAUCAGCCGUUAGCCUACACACUUUAGAUUUGUCCUACAAUCCAAUAACAUCUCGUGAUGCUCUUUUGCUUCUUAGCAAAUUACAAAUAAAGUCUAUUCGACUCGUCAACUUAAUAAUGGAUAAUAUAGAAGUUAAUAGAGAUUUUGUGAAGGAGCGUGCUAGGAUUCUGUCUCUGAAGUAUCGCCGCAAUUGCAAAAUAACUUAUGGACCUGUACGUCACAACUAUGUAUUGUCAACGCCUGAUUUGCGAGAGAUUUUACUGAAACGAUUUGACUUCCUCACCUCCAGAGGCUCGAAAAGACAUCAAUUAGAUAUAGGACUAUAUUUUCUAGAGAAAAAACAGUUGGAAAAUUUUAUUCAACCACGUCAAGUAAUGCGUGAUAUGAAAAUAGCUGGGAUAGCAGUAGACAACGAACUGAUUGAUGGUGUGGCUGACAUGUUUCCUGGUCCGAAAUUGGAGAAGGGAGGAAAAACAAUGGAUCUAGUAGGUAUAACAGAAAUAGUGAUGCGUUUGUGGCCUGAAAAAAAAUUACCACCAAAGCCAGAACCGGGACCGGAAGAGAAGAAUGUAAAAGAGGGACGGAGAGGAAAAAAGAAAAAGAAGAAGUAACACUUAGUAGAAUAUUCAUAUUUUUGUAUUAAGAUCCGAUUGCUCAUUAACUAAGUUAGUUAUUAUGUAAAAGCCUAUCUUAUUCAUGAAUUAGAAGAAUUAUAAAGAAUACUUAUAUUUUUAAGAUUUUUAUCUAAUUAAAAAAUAUUUUUAAAUACCUGACUUUAAACUGCUACUUAUCAAACAUUGUAUUGGUUAUUUUGUUUCGA